AUGGGCUCGUGCUUUUCGACGAACAAGACGUUCCAGGGCGAAGGACGGACGCUCAACGAGCCGGCACGGCCAGCCGCUGUUUCCGCUUCCAAUCCCACCUCUGCUCCGGGCGGCGGUGGAGGGAGACUGGGUGGAGCGAGUGCGACUUCUGCGGCCCCUUCAUCCGGUGCUGCUACAUCAGACGCAGAAAGAGAAGCAAGAGCCAAAGCUGCCGAGCGUAGGAUGAACCAACAGGCGGCCAAAGGUACUCCCGGUCAGGGAAAGCUCAGCAAGCAACUGCAGACCCAGAAGCAAGCCAAUCCACACUCGCUUGCCGACCAAGACGACCAACCGGAACGAGUCGUUCCGUAUCGGAGCUGUCUUCGGCUCAGUACCGCAACAGUCCUGCCGCCGGCGGAGUCCAAGAGUAGCACUUGCGCAGAGACGCUAGUUGAGGAAAUGGCGGUUGCAACAAUGGCUCCGCACUCGACAGGACUGCGACGGCCUCAGCUCAAGCCGACGACACCUGUUGCGCGACGUCUGCGUUGA